UCGAUGGUGAAUUUUUGCGUCCGAGUCAGUCAUCUGCAUCAGAGCACAAAAGUCAAGGAGAUCAAAGCAUUCUUCCACCCCUUGCAUGUGACUGAUACUCAGUUCUUCAAGAACGGUAAGGCUUUGGUCUAUUUUCGACAAGAGGAAGAUUGUGCAAAGGCGCUGAAAAAGCAAGGUUGCAUUCAUGGCAGAACGAUCCUUCUGAGUCCCUGGGAAGCCAAGCCUAACCAACGAGGUGGUAAGAAGAAGGAGAAAGUUGAGUCAGCCCAACCGGCUCCGUGGCCAGUUAAAAGUCGGGAAGAGUUAGAGGCUGCAAUCAGAGAAUCUGGACGCUUGUUUGUGCGGAACCUCUCUUUUCAGUGUACAGAACAGGAUCUGGAAAAGCUCUUUUCCAAAUACGGCUCUUUGAGUGAUAUUCACUUGUCGUAUGAUAUGAGGCAGCAAGUAUCCAGAGGGUUUGCCUUCGUUACUUUUUUGUUUCCAGCCGAAGCUGUCACAGCCUUUCAAAAGUUGGACAAGACCGACUUUAUGGGUAGACUACUUCACAUACUUCCUGGUGAAGACCCACCAGAAAAGAAGUCAUCCGAGCCGGGACACUCUGAAGGUCGUGACAACAGGCAGAAUAAAAACCACUUGUCCGAAUUUCAAACGACCCGGUUGCAGGAACUCAAAGCUUCGGCUGGUACAGCUCACAACUGGAAUACACUAUUUGUACGACCGGACGCUGUCGCCACGUACUUGGCAGCGAAAUUUGGUCUGACAAAGGAACAAGUUUUGGAACCAUCUGAACGUGGUUCCGUUGCCGUGCGAUUAGCCCAUGCAGAGGCUCAAUUGGUUUCAGAAAUGCGAGAGUUCCUUGAAAAGCACGGAGUCAAUUUGGAUGCCUUUGAUGACCCCGAAUCGAGCGACAAUUCGCGAUCUGGUCGUCGUGAUCGUCUAGAGGCCAAAGCUGCCGGCACCCUGAGACAACUAUCGGGGACUGCUUUCCUAAUCAAAAAUUUGCCGGCUGGAACAACUGCGUUGGAAGUUCGAGAGCUGCUGAGCCGUUACUCCAAGUCUGCGAGAUCGGAGGAUUCCCAAACACUCACAACGAGCCGCAUUCGGCCAAAGUCAGUUAUUGUUCCUCCUCUGGGCAUCACAGCAAUCGUGGAAUUUGCGCUACCCCAACAGGCUCGUCUGAUGUACCGUUAUCUGGCAUACGAACCUUAUAGGGACAGUAUCCUCUACCUCCAGUGGCUACCGGAGGGGGCCUUGAAAGACCGCUCAGACGUGGUUUUGGAACCAGGUGAUGAAGAAAAGGAACGAUCGGAGAAAUCCAAACGAAAGCGGAAGCGAGCACACGAAACAGCCAUGGAUCCCACUGCAACUGGAAACGAACCAAGAACAACACAGGACGAGUUCGAGCUCAUCACCUCUCUCCCCCUGGAAGAAGACACAAACAGCCAUCGACAAAAGUGUCCUCGGACCACAUCAGAUGAACCUAUGGACACUGACUACGCUUACCCAGAAGAGCCCCCAAAACCCAAGGCUCGUAAGUAUCAGAACAAAAAGGACCGCGUAAAACAACAGCUUCAAACUUCGGAUGGUGCGCCGCAAGGUGUAAUCACUGAAGCUUCUCCGGAUGUCGAACAUCCGUCUUCAUCCACGGAGAAAGAAACGGAACGCAAGGAGAAGAGAAAGAAAAACAAAAAGCCUCCAGAGCCUACAAAACCCGUGUUGUUGUGCCGUAAUGUCUCUUUUCAAGCGACACAGAAAGAAUUGACCGAACUGUUCAGUCCAGUUGGGGGACUGAUCAGGGUUCGCCUUCCCCAGAAACCAUCCGGUGGUCAUCGGGGUUUCGCAUUCUUAGAAUUCGCGACAAUUGACCAAGCAAAGAUGGCACUGAAAACCCUGGGUAAGGAUACACACUUUUUGGGACGGCGACUAAACAUUGAAUUCGCGCUUGGUUGAGAACGUGCAUACGGCGCCAGGAUACUAAUGUACAUUAUUUUGUAUAAACAAAUGAGCCUUUUUG